AUGGCAACUAGCCUCGACGACACAUUCAAUCCCGCUACGCUUGCGCGCUCCGAUACAGUCACUUCGAACGCGACGACAAAGGCUGGUCCGUCAUCUGCUGUCAAGCCGGCGAAGCAGGUGCAGACGUACCCCAGGAUUGAUCUUGAGCCAUUCUAUGCGGAGGUCAAGUCGUUGAUUGCGGGCGACUGGGGGACGUACUAUGAUGCGCUUACGAGGUUCAUUCGAGGCCAGCUCAAUGCCAACGAAUUCGCUGAUCUAUGCGACCACUUCAUCCUGAUCAACGCAGCCACCGAACAUGCACAUAACGCCCUCAUCGGCGCUAUUCUCAGCAAUGUCGGCCGAGAUCCUCCCGAGCCGGGCACUGCGGCAUGGGUCAGCACCGCCGGUGACAAGCCCGGAGGCACCGCCUCCUCCAAACCCGCCGUCGCAAGCGAUGCAAGCGAACAGCGCCUAAAAGCAGAAGUCAUGGCCCUUCCACCGCGCGAACGGCGACGACUGAAGGCAGUGCUCGAGAGCGGCAAAGGUCUCGGUCUCGGUACUACCCCUGCCAUCGAAGAAGAGUCCGCAGUAGGCCUACGCGCAAGUAUGGAACAAUACCAACAAGCCUCGCGCAUAAAAGCACCACAGGUCCCUGCCUCAACCGCCGCCGGCACAAAGACGAACUGGGACAUCGAGAUCAGGAAACGCUACACCCAGCCGCUCUAUGCCGAGACACGCGAAUUCCCAGACGCCAACACCGUCCUCGCACGGAUAGUGCCCAUAUGCUACGAGGAAAGCGUGCCUUCAGGGACCAAUGCCGAAUGCGCUGAACUCGUCACAAUCGCUGCGGAAACAUUUCUCAAAAAUUUGGUGCACGACAUCUUCAACAAGGUCCGAGUCAAUGGCCCGCGCUACGAGAACGGCGCUGGGACGGGUGUGCUGACCGCCAACUACCUGAAACGGGUGCACAAGGAGGAAGCAGAAGUCAAGCUCGGUCGGCUUCAACGCGACAGGGACAAUGAUUUAUUACCUGUCGAGAGCAAGGAAGCGAAAGCGCGGAGGCCGUUGGGGAUUGGUGAUCUGAAGCUGGCGAACAAAGUCGGCCCCUCGCUGUGGAAUGGCAUGCCUAUGAUUGGCGCGCAGGUUAAUCACAAUCAGUUCGAUAUUGAUCUCGAGGAGUUCUAUGCCCAAAGGGAAAGAGAAGGGUUUGGUAGUCUUGCCAGUCAGAUAUUAGGGCCGAAGAAUGGCGAGAAGGCUGCGCAGACAAAUGGACACGUUGCUGAGAAGCAUGUCGAUGGUGAUGAGAUGGACGUCGAUGAGGAGGAGGACGAUGUUGGGUGGGAGGGCGCUGGUGCUCCUGAUCGGGAUAUGCUCAAGAGUACACUGGCUGAUCUGUUGGCUGCGCCGGCUUAG